AAAUGGGUCGCCGUUCCCCUCCGUGUUACAGUGCAGGGUCAAUAGAGUCAGACCUCAGACACGCACUCACCUCUGUUUCUUUCUCUUCUUCUCUCGUUUGCACAAACCCUAACUUCAAUCUCUCCUCAAAUCACUCCACAAAAGCCCCUCAAUCCUCGUGGCUUCUGAAAUGGUUCUCUACAACCUCUCCUCCACCUCAAACAAUCACCAGCAGCAGCAGCAAAACUCAAACCUAAACAACAACAAUCAUGUGGUCCCCACAACUAUCCCAGCAGCAAGCAGUGGGUCCGACUCUAAGCUGGCCCACCCUCGCAAAUCCACUGCUUCUCAAUCCAAAGACCGCCACACCAAAGUCAAUGGCCGUGGCAGGAGGGUCCGGAUGCCCGCUUUAACAGCGGCCCGUGUCUUCCAGCUCACCCGUGAACUCGGCCACCGCUCCGAUGGCGAGACCAUCGAGUGGCUCCUUCGCAACGCUGAGGCAUCCAUCAUCGCUGCCACCGGAACCGGAACUAUCCCCUCCAUCCCCAUCUCCACCACUGUCGGGUCUGCCCCGACUUCCGCCUCUCCGCCCUCUGUUCCCGGCGAGGUCCACCCCGCCAACGAUACGGGGCCCGAUGUCUUCUCUCUAACGGAAGCUAGCUGUCGGCUUGACCUGGAUUAUAGGCACAUGCCAUUUACUGCUUUGUUGCUGAAGCCGCUGUCGGAGAACGUGGAUUUGGAGGCGGAGGAGGGUCGGCAGGAGGAGGUAAUCGGGGAACAGAAGAUGUAGGACUAACAUUGCAAUUUGCAUCAAAACAAACACAAGGUUCAGGGUUUUGGGUGGUGAAGCCUAAUUUUUUUUUGUUUAAUUAAUUAAACCACAAAUCAGUCUUCUUUUUGUCCAUCUUUCGGGUGAAAAAAGGAGGAGGAAGAAGCAGCUGUCAAUAAGCUAAUAUUCUAAAGUACUUUGAUUAGUUUUGUACAAGACUGGAGUGAACCGUCGUUUGCUUGUUAGCUGUCCUUAAAAAUACUAGUUGGGAUAGGAAUAGGAAUUUAAACCCUGUAUUAUUAUGGAUUCUUACAUAAAUUUAUUAUUUUACCCUUACCACACAAUAA